AAAAUUGAGAAAAUUGUCAUUUUAUAGCAGGCCACCGCGGAAACCAGGCGCUGCGAAUUUUAGCAGCCAGAAAAAUAGGUGGCGCAAUAUUUGCUUCAGAUUAGAUUAGAUGAUAAAAAUCCACAGUCAACACACAGCUGGCAUCUUCUCGCCGUCAUCAAUCCAAAACCACUGGUUGUUUGGCGGUGCAAUUCGAUAACCCCUUUUAUUUUCUUUUUGUUCUUUUCCAUAUUUCUAUCUUUGGUUCUUUUCAAUCUUUGUCACUAAAAAAAAAAGGUUUGUAUUUUUAUAAUUUAUUGCGGGAACGACUUCAACAACAAAGAAACGACGCAGAAUCAAUCUCCCCCACAAACCAAGUUUCGACCUUUAAUUGUUUCUUUAUUCUUAUCCGUUAGUCCCUGCAAACCCCUUUGACAUCUCUUGUGUAUUUCCUCUUCCGGGUGAGGAAAAAAAUUAUUUAUUGUUUUGAGGUUUUUUCUUGUAAACAGCCGCCUGCUAUUUAUUGAUUAUUGCUUGUAAUAAUAAAUAGUUAUGGCGGUGGUUGAGGCGUUUUUGGGGAUGCCGAUGAGUUGGGCGAUGAUGAUUGGAAUUAUACAGUAUUUGGGGCCGGCUUGGUUUGCAUUUGUUUUGGGUGUAAUGGUGGGAUGGGUUUGGAAACCUAAGUGGGCAACUUUGGGGAAUUGUAAAUUUGAUUUUCCGUCGCCCUCGUCGCCUUCUGCCCUUCUUAGAGGCUUGAUUUCACCUCAGAGUUUGGACUCUGGCAAGGAUGGGACUGCAAGUUGUAGUUUGGAUGAUGGUUUUCGGAAGGAGCAAAUGGCGAUACCAACGAUUGACACUGCUAUUUGCAGUCCAUCCGAAAUGGGCAAAGAAGACCAGCCACUCAUUACAAACGAGGAUUUGGAACAUCUAUGCCAUCUUGUUGAGAGGAAAGAUGGAGGACCCCCUUGGAAGCAUAUGAUGGAUCGUUCAUCCCAUAAUAUGAGCUACCAAGCAUGGCAAAGAGAACCUCAGAGUGGGCCCCCUCAAUAUUGUAGCAGAACUGUUUAUGAAGAUGCAACUCCAGAAAUAUUAAGAGACUUUUUCUGGGAUGAUGAUUUCCGAUUAAAAUGGGAUGAUAUGCUUACACAUGCCUCGAUUCUAGAAGAAUGCCCCACCACAGGGAUUAUGGUGGUUCGCUGGAUACGCAAGUUCCCUUUCUUCUGCAGUGACCGAGAAUAUAUAAUAGGACGUAGAAUAUGGGAGUCGGGAAGAUCAUAUUACUGCGUGACUAAGGGAGUUCCCUCGUCUUUUCCGAGGAAAGACAAACCAAGGCGCGUUGAUCUUCUCUACUCAAGUUGGUUCAUUCAAGCAGUGGAAUCGAGGAAAGGAGACGGGCAGCUGUCUGCAUGCGAGGUGAUACUCUUCCACCACGAAGACAUGGGCAUCCCGUGGGAGAUUGCGAAAUUCGGUGUGCGCCAAGGGAUGUGGGGGGCGGUGAAGAACAUCGACCGUGGUUUCAGAGCUUACCAGAAGCACAGAGCGUCGGGGGCACCCCUCUCUCGCCACGCAUUCAUGGCUCAAAUUAACACCAAGCUCGACCCCGACUACCUGAAGACGUUAGAAGAUGAAGAGGUGUCAGCAGACACGCCUUUAGUGGCCUCGGCUGACGACAAGGCGAAGGGCAUGAAGAUACCGAAGCUUCUGAUAAUCGGGGGUGCAAUCGCUGUUGCCUGCACCCUGGACAGGGGACUCUUGACGAAGACGCUCAUAUUUGGCGUCGCGAGAAAGCUGGGAAACGUGGGAGGACGGGCGUGCAGCUGAUGAGGAUUGUAGUUUAGAAUUUUGUUUUGUUUAGUGUUGAUAAGCAGCUGUUGUUGGUACAUUCAGGCAGAGCAGAUCAAUGCUUUUGGAAAGAUCAAUACUGUUUAUAGAUACAAUAUUGUGGAAACUGUCUAAGUUUCUCUGAGUAAUUUAUGCUCCUUUUUUGCCCCACAUCUCAAGUGGCAAUCGGCUUCAAAUUUUGUUUCUAAA